AUGGCAGCAAACGCGGUGCCUUCCGAGACGGCGCCGGCGCCGCUCCCGCUGGACGGCCGCGUCGCGCUCGUCACGGGCGGCUCGCGCGGCAUCGGCCGGGAGGUGUCCUCCCACCUGGCCGCCCUCGGCGCGCGCGUCCUGAUCAACUACGCGUCGGACUCGGCCAGCGCCGCCGCGCUCACCUUGGAGCUCAACUCGCGCGGCGGCGGCGGCGGCCUCCGCGCCGUGGCGGCCCAGGCCGACGUGUCCGACCCGGCCGCCGUGCGCGCGCUCUUCGACCGCGCCGAGGAGGCCUUCGGCUCCCCGCCGCACGUCGUGGUCGCCUGCGCUGGGCUGCUCAACCCCAAGUACCCGGCGCUCGCCGACACCACCGUGGAGGACUUCGACGCCAUGUUCGCGGUGAACGUGCGCGGGACGUUCCUGGUGUGCCGCGAGGCGGCCAACCGCGUGCCGGCCGGCGGCGGCGGCCGCAUCGUGACCUUCUCGUCGUCCAUCAUGGGCACGCUCCUGCCGGGCUACGCGGCGUACACGGCGACCAACGGCGCCGUGGAGGCCAUGACGAGGAUCCUGGCGAAGGAGGUGGCGGCCAAGGGGAUCACGGCCAACGUGGUGGCCCCGGGGCCCGUGCGCACGGAGCUGUUCCUCGCCGGCAAGGACAAGGCGUUCCUAAAGAGGGUGGAGGCACAGUCCAUGGGGCGCAUCGCCGAGACGACGGACGUGGCACCGGUGGUGGCGUUCCUGGCCAGCGACGCCGCCGGCUGGGUGAACGGUCAGGUCAUCAGGGUCAAUGGCGGGUUCGCGUGA